GAUAUUGACCAGUUAAUGAUCAGGAUAAUAUACUUCAUUUCUGUUGAUUUAUCUUUUGCUUUCACUGUGUUGCUUAGAUCAUAUUUGGUACGGCAGUCAGCAGCCACAGCAUAUGGGGCUUUGUGCUCUGUACUGUGUUCAGUCCCUCUAGCAUCAAAUGGAAGGCAGAAUCAUGUUAUACUCAGUGGCUUGGUUGACCGGUUCAUGGGUUGGGCAUUGCCACUGCUUAUCAAUAUAGGAAAUGCGACAGCGGAGCUGGCUUUGGAAGCUCUACGAGAAUUUCUUAGUGUUGGAGAUGUUGGGGCAGUCGAAAGAUAUGCCUUGCCUGUUCUCAAAGCAUGCCAGGAACUUCUCGAAGAUGAGAGAACCUCCCUGAUUUUACUGCACAGACUUCUUGCUGUUUUAACUAUAAUUUCUUUAAACUUUUCUAGAUGUUUCCAGCCUCACUUUGUUGACAUUGUUGAUCUGCUCCUUGGGUGGGCAAUGGUGCCUGACCUGGCAGAAUCAGAUCGGAGUGUGAUUAUGGACAGUUUCUUGCAAUUUCAGAAACACUGGGUAAAUAACAUGCAGUUCUCCUUGGGAUUGCUAUCAAAGUUUCUAGGAGACAUGGAUGUGUUACUUCAGGAUGGAAGUCCUGGUACUCCACAGCAAUUUCAAAGAUUACUUGCUUUACUAUCUUGCUUUUCUACAGUUUUGAAGUCUGUAGCAUCUGGUUUGCUGGAAAUGAAUAUGCUGGGACAGAUUACUGAACCUCUUUGCAAAAUGGUUCCUCUUUUAUUAGGAUGUUUAUCACAGAUUGGAAGGAAAUAUGGUUGGUCAAAAUGGAUUCAGGAUUCUUGGAAGUGCUUGACUUUGUUAGCAGAAAUUUUAGGCGAUAGGUUUUCAACAUUUUUCCCUAUUGCGGUUGAUAUUUUGUUUCAGAGCUUGGACAUGCGGAAUACAGUCCAACUCACAAGGACUGUAAAUAUUACUUCCUUUCAGGUUCAUGGGGUUCUUAAAACUAAUUUACAGUUGCUGUCGCUUCAAAAGCAUGGGCUUCUCCCAUCAUCUGCUGAAAAGAUAAUAGGAUUUGAUGCCCCUAUAUCUCAAUUGCGUCUGCAUCCAAAUCAGUUAGUAACUGGAAGUGCUGCUGCUACCUAUAUCUUCUUACUGCAGCAUGUUAAUGAAGAAGUUGUUGAAAGGACAAUCAAUUCCUUGAUUGAGGAGCUGGAUUUGUUGAAGACUAUUGUGCUCAAAGAGACAUGCGGUGAGGGGUGCAUUGGAGAUGGAAUUACAGCUCAAAAAUCUUAUUCACGAUCAGAAUUGUUUGCUUUAAUCCAUUUUGAUUUGAAAGUCUUGUUAACGUGUGUUUCUCCAGGUGGAAGUCGCUAUAUGAAUGUUACAGAAGUUGACACGUUGUAUCUUAAUAGGUCAAAGAGAUUAUUAUCCUUUUUGGUGGAGAAAUUAGAUCCUUUUAGCUUACCUAUUGAAGCCUAUGUAGAACUGCAACUAGCAGUAUUGCAGACAUUGCAAAGGCUGAGUGACGUUGAGUUUCUGACUAGUUGCUCUACAAGAGAACCUGCACUUUCAAAGCCAAUGAAGGAGGAUAAUAUUAAAAAUCAACAUCCAAUACUAGUUUUGGAGUAUUUGAGAAAUUACUCCAAUCUCCUUGUUAAAGCUCUUGACACUGCUGCUCCUUUAGCUGUUAAAAUAGAAGCCUUAGAAUGGAUAACUAAAUUCUGUAAAAAUGUAAUCUGUGCAUAUGAGAAUGUGGAGGCAACACAUUAUCCUUGUGAAGUCUGGGGAUAUGUAGAGGUCAUGCAGAAUUUGCUGUUCUCCAUUUUGGAUUCUGCAUCAGACAGAGAACCAAGAGUAAGAUCUCUUGUCAAAUUGGUUCUAGACAUGCUUCUGCAAGCAAAACUUGUCCAUCCCUCUCACUUCCUGUACAUUGCUGAGACUGUCCUUGAGAAACUUGGGGACCCAGAAAAAGAUAUAAAAAAUGCAUUUGGUAGGUUGCUUUGCAAUGUUCUGCCUAUUACUAUAUAUGUUUUUGGUCUGUAUGAUUGUAGAAUGAUUACUUCUUCUAGCAGUGUUAUUUGUGGAGUUAAAAACAGGCCUAAUUUGUACUGGAAGCAAGUCUUUGCCAUAAAGCAACUACCUCAUCAACUUCGCUCACAGCAACUUGUUUCCAUAUUGAGUUACAUUUCUCAGAGAUGGAAAGUGCCUUUGUCUUCUUGGAUUCAACGGUUAAUCUGUUCCUGCCGGAACUCGAAAGACCAUCCUUUAAUACAGUCAGAGGAAUUGGUAAACGCUGAUGUAAAUGGAUUGUGGAGGGACGUCAAAGUGGAGAGGGAUAUUCUUGAAAGAGUCUGCUCUACCAAUAUUCUUGCAGGUGCCUGGUGGGCUAUAAAUGAAGCGGCAAGGUGCUGUAUUUCUACGAGACUCCGGACCAAUCUUGGUGGCCCCACUCAAACUUUUGCUGCAUUGGAACGAAUGCUUCUGGACAUUUCUCAUCUGCUACAGCUUGAUACUCACCAAAGUGAUGGAAAUUUGACCAUCACCAGCACUUCUUAUGCUCAUUUGUUGCCAAUGAGGCUGUUGCUAGAUUUUGUUGAGGCUCUGAAGAAAAAUGUGUACAAUGCAUAUGAAGGAUCAACAGUUUUGCCCUGUCCAUCUAGGCAGAGCUCUUUGUUCUUCCGUGCAAAUAAGAAAGUCUGUGAGGAGUGGUUUUCUCGCAUAUGUGAACCAAUGAUGAAUGCUGGAUUGGCACUCCAGUGUCAUGAUGCUACAAUCCAAUACUGCACACUGCGUUUACGAGAGCUUAAGAAUUUUGUUGCUUCAUCUUUCACGGACAAUUCAAGAGUCCAGGUGAGUGAAGUUGUCCAGAGUAUCAGGGGUAGGUUUGAUGGAGAAAUUUUGAGGGUUGUACGGCACAUGGCAUUAGCUCUCUGUAAGAAUCAUGAAUCAGAGGCAUUAAUUGGUCUACAAAAGUGGACAAGCAUGGCAUUCUUUCCAUUGUUUGCUGAGGACAAUCAAAGGUUAAGUGAUAGUGAGAUUCUAGAACAAUUUUCAUGGAUAACUGGACUAGUAUAUCAGGCAAAGGGCCAACAUGAGAAGGCUGCAGCACAUUUUAUACAUCUGCUACAGACCGAUGAUUCACUCAGUUCUAUGGGUUCUGAAGGAGUACAGUUUGCUAUUGCUCGUAUUAUUGAGAGUUAUACUGCAGUUUCUGAUUGGAAAGCUUUGGAAUCCUGGUUGUUGGAGCUGCAAGCACUACGAUCAAAGCAUGCAGGAAAGAGCUACUCUGGUGCUCUAACUACUGCAGGAAAUGAAAUAAACUCCGUCCAAGCAUUAGCCCGUUUUGAUGAGGGCGAUGUUCAGGCAUCAUGGGCAUGCCUUGAUUUGACACCAAAAAGUAGCAAUGAACUCACACUUGAUCCCAAGUUAGCCUUGCAAAGGAGUGAGCAAAUGCUUUUGCAGGCAAUGCUUUUCCAGAAGGAGGGGAAAGUGGACAAGGUACCUCACGAAUUGCAGAAAGCCAAGUCAAUACUGGAGGAAACACUAUCUGUUCUUCCCCUCGAUGGUCUCUCUGAUGCUGCACCACAUGUCAACCAUUUAUACUGCAUACUGGCAUUGGAGGAAAAGUACCAGAUGCGGGGCAGCCAAGACAAUCAUUUAGAGUCAUUAUUAGGAUCAUAUAUUCAAGCAGUUCAGUCCCCGAUUAAUCGAGUUCAUCAAGAUUGCAGUUUAUGGCUAAAAGUACUCCGAGUUUACCAAAAUACUCAACCAACAUCACCUGCGACUCUCAAGCUAUGUAAUAACUUGUUGAACUUAUCUCGCAAGCAAAGAAAUUUGGUGUUGGCAAAUCGUCUAAGCAACUACCUUAAGGAGAAUGUAGCAAAUUGCCCUGACACCGACUUUCGUGAUUAUAUCAUCUCCAGUUUGCAGUAUGAGGACAUCCUGUUGAUGCACAGUGAAGGCAAGCUUGAUGAUGCAUUUUCCAAUAUGUGGUCACUUGUACGUCCUAGCAUGCUUUCUUCUGCAAUUGUUUCUUCUGAUUCUUUUGACAAUGUCUUGAAGGCAAAGGCAUGUUUAAAACUGUCAAAUUGGUUGGAACAAAAUUAUUCAGAUCCAAGGUUGAAAGAUGUCGUUCUGAAGUUUAGAGAAGAUUUUAUUAAUACUGACACGUUUGACUCUGGCAGAGGGUUUUCUAGCUUUAGAAAUGAUGCUCUGAGUGCUAAACCUAAUAUUGAUGCUAUUACUGAGGAAUUUGUGGGUGCUGCAAGGGAGCUAUCUACUCGACUCUGCCUUAAUAUGGGGAAGUCAUGGAUUUCAUAUGCCUCUUGGUGUUAUGCUCGGGCAAGAUCAUUUCUUUCUGCAGAUAAUGAAGCUCUCCUUCAUUCUUCUUCCGUUUCAUCUGCUUUUCAUUCUGAAAUCCAUCAUCAAAGCUUAAGUUUAACCGAGAUAGAGCAGCUAAAAGUGAAAGACAUUGUCUCAGAGCUCCUACAGAAAAGAUCGUUAGAAGUUCUAAAUGAGAAUAUGGAAAAUUUUGUUGUCUCAGAAUGUUGGCAGAAGGAGAAUGUCAAAUCUUUGUCUGAGCAAAUAACAGAUAUUCUUGAAGCUACAGCAGGAGCACCUGGAGCUGAAGAUCAUAGUGGUGAAACCCUUUCUGCUAUGCUAAAAUCUAAAUUGCAGAAGUCCUUAGCCAGUGCAAAGAUUGCCCUUGAUGAUCCAGCAGUAACAUCCUUGAUUGAUGAUAUAACUGAUCUUUGGCGGUCUUUGAGAAGAAGAAGGGUAUCCCUCUUUGGUCAAGCAGCUCAAGCUUUCAUCAAUUACCUUUCGUAUUCAUCUUCCAUGUACUCUGAUUGUCAACUAUCUGGCCUGCAUCACUCAAAUCAUAAGUCCAUGAGCUACACAAUGAGGGCAACUUUAUACGUCUUAAAUAUUCUUCUCAACUAUGGCGUUGAGUUGGAAGAUACUCUUGAACCUGCACUUUCAACUGUUCCUUUGCUACCAUGGCAGGAGAUAACACCUCAACUAUUUGCACGAUUAAGUUGUCAUCCAGAACAAGUAGUUAGGAGACAGCUAGAAACUUUACUGGUCAAGCUGUCAAAACUAUCUCCUUGGUCUAUUGUGUACCCUGCUCUAGUUGAUGCAAACACCCAAGAGAAGGAAAUUCCUGAGGAGCUUCAAAAGAUACUGGCUUGUUUGUAUAAGCUCUAUCCAAGCCUAGUUCAGGAUGCCCAGCUGAUCAUUAAAGAACUUGAAAAUGUUACUGUCUUUUGGGAGGAACUUUGGCUAAGCACGCUUCAGGAUCUUCAUGCAGAUGUGAUGAGGCGCAUAAGUUUGCUGAAAGAGGAAGCUACACGAAUUGCAGAGAAUGUGACUCUAAGUCAUGGGGAGAAGAACAAAAUAAAUUCUGCAAAAUACUCAGCCAUGAUGGCUCCAGUUGCUGUAGUCUUGGAGCGUCGAUUAGCUUGUACUUCUAGGAAACCUGAAACACCUCAUGAGAUGUGGUUUCAUGAAGAGUAUGGAGGUCAACUUAAAUCAGCCAUCUUAAAUUUUAAGACUCCUCCUGCAUCUGCAGCAGCUCUUGGUGAUGUGUGGCGACCAUUUGAGAAUAUUGCUGCUUCCUUGUCUUAUCAAAGAAAGUCAUCAGUAUCUCUUGGAGAUGUUGCACCACAACUGGCCCAGCUGUCCUCAUCUGAAGCUCCCAUUCCUGGGCUUGAGAAGCAAAUAAUAGCAUCUGAUACCGAAAGGAACCUCAGUACUGGCGUUAAUGGGAUUGUCACAGUCGCCUCUUUUUCUAUGCAAGUAAAUAUUUUACCAACCAAGACCAAACCUAAAAAACUAAGUAUUGUGGGCUCUAAUGGUCAGAAGUACACCUAUCUCUUGAAAGGCCGAGAAGACCUACGUCUUGAUGCUCGAAUUAUGCAGCUAUUGCAAGUUGUAAAUGGUUUUCUUCAUUCACAUUCUGUGACUCGUGGUCAAUCUCUUGGGAUUCGCUACUAUUCUGUGACACCAAUAAGUGGUCGAGCUGGCCUCAUCCAGUGGGUGGAUAAUGUAAUAAGCAUUUACAGUCUCUUUAAAUCAUGGCAAAAUCACGUCCAGCAGGGACAACUUUCAGCAUUGGGUGCUGGUAAUACCAAUGAUGCCGUACCUCCAGCUGUUCCCCGACCAAUUGACAUGUUCUAUGGCAAAAUAAUACCCGCACUUAAAGAGAAAGGCAUAAGACGGGUAAUUUCAAGAAGGGACUGGCCCCAUGAAGUCAAGCGAAAAGUUCUUUUGGAUCUAAUGGAGGAGGCUCCUAAGCAACUUCUUCAUCAGGAGCUGUGGUGUGCCAGCGAAGGCUUUAAAGCCUUUAGCUCAAAAUUGAAGAGGUUCUCUGGCAGUGUAGCCACCAUGAGCAUUGUUGGCCACAUUCUAGGACUGGGUGACCGGCAUUUGGAUAAUAUUCCUAUUGAUUUUUCUACUGGAGAAAUCUUGCACAUUGAUUACAAUGUGUGUUUUGAUAAAGGCCAGCGACUAAAAAUUCCUGAGAUUGUACCAUUUCGCUUGACUCAGACAAUUGAAGCAGCUCUAGGUUUAACUGGGAUUGAAGGCGCUUUUAGAGCAAGCUGUGAAGCAGUUCUUGGUGUUCUGAAGAAGAAUAAGGAUAUCAUCUUGAUGUUGCUUGAAGUUUUUGUUUGGGAUCCACUUGUGGAAUGGACACGUGGAGAUUUUCAUGAUGAUGCAGCAAUUGUUGGUGAGGAGAGAAAAGGCAUGGAGCUUGCAGUGAGCCUGAGUUUGUUUGCAUCACGUAUGCAAGAAAUUCGGGUUCCAUUGCAGGAGCAUCACAAUCUUCUCCUAGCUGUCUUACCUGCUAUUGAAUCUUCCCUUGAGAGAUUUGUAAGCAUCUUAAAUCAGUAUGAGAUUGUCUCUGCUUUAUUUCAUCGGGUUGACCAAGAGAGGUCCAAUCUUGCUCUCCAUGAAACAUCAGCCAAGUCUAUUGUUGCUGAAGCAUCUUGCAACUCCGAAACGAUCCAUGCUGCAUUGGAAAUACAGGCUCGGGAAUUUGCCCAAGCGCAGGCUGCAGUGAUGGAGAAAGCUGAAGAGGCAACAAGUUGGAUUGAAGAGCAUGGAAGGAUACUUGAUGCAUUGAGAAGUCGGUCAAUACCAGAAAUUGAAGCGAUUAGGCUAACUGGUGCUGAAGAAUCUUUAUCUCUGACAUCUGCUGUUCUUCAGGCUGGGGUUCCAUUGACCAUUGUUCCUGAACCCACGCAAGUUCAGUGCUAUGAGAUAGAUAGGGAAGUUUCUCUAUUAGUGGCUGAGCUGGAUCAUGGACUUUCUUCUGCAGUUACAACACUCCAAACGUAUGCACUGGCUCUGCAGCGGAUCCUACCAUUGAAUUAUCUGACUACCAGCCCAGUACAUGGUUGGGCACAAGUUCUGCAGCUUUCAAUGAGUACGCUCUCCUCUGAUGUUCUCUCCGUUUCUAGGAGACAGGCUUCUGAGCUCAUUGCAAAGUUACAUGGGAAUUGGUUCAAUUCUGCUCAGAGUAGCUACGAUGAACUUUGUUUUAAGGUGGGAGAAUAUGCAGUAGAAAUAGAGAAAAUGGAAAAAGAGUGCACAGAACUUCUGGACUCCAUUGGUCCAGAGACUGAAUCAGAAGCUAAGGAUUGUCUCUUGUCUACUUUCAUGAACUAUAUGCGGUCUUCCAGGUCUGAGGAGAAAGCAGAUGCAUUUGCUUUGGGAACAGUAAAUGUUGAUGUUCCUGAGGAUCCUAGAUCUCAGGGAGAUAUUGAAGAGAAGAAGGAAAAUGUUCGGACUAUCCUAAAUUAUGCUGCCAUUACUUUGUAUAAUGAUGUCAAGAAGGCAAUAGUUAAUAACUUGAAUGGUUCCAUUUGGGGAAAUUCAGAUGACAGACCAGAGUCUGAUCUUGGAAAUAUUUUCAAUUACUUGGAAGAGCAAAUACAAAAAUGCUUACUUGUAGCAGGGUUUCUUAAUGAAGUCAAUCAACAUAUGGAUGGGGAUUCAAGAGGUAAUGUAGAUGGAGACCGUGUUAACUGCUUGUCUCGAGACAACUGGGCUUCAAUGUUUCAGACCAGCCUGCUUUCCUGCAAGCGGUUUGCUAGCCAAAUGAUUGAAGUUGUUCUACCUGAUGUAAUAAGGAGUGUUGUUUCAUUCAACUCAGAAGUAAUGGAUGUGUUUGGAUCACUCUCACAAAUCAAGGGAUCCAUUGAUACAUCUCUGGAGCAACUUGUAGAGGUUGAACAAGAGAGGGUUUCGUUGGUUGAACUUGAGCAGAAUUACUUUGUUAAGGUUGGUCUCAUCACUGAGCAACAGUUGGCUCUUGAAGAAGCUGCCGUCAAGGGCAGAGAUCAUUUGUCUUGGGAAGAAGCUGAGGAGCUUGCCUCCCAAGAAGAAGCUUGCAGAGCACAGCUGGAUAAGCUUCAUCAGACAUGGAACCAGAAGGACUUCCGUACUAGUUCUCUUAUAAAGAAAGAGGCAAAUAUUUUAAGUGCUUUGAUGACAUCUGAACAUCUUUUGCAAUCUCAAAUCAGAACUGAUCAGCAGAGAGAGCCGCAUGUUUCAAGAAGCAAAGCUCUUCUCGCUGCACUAAUGGAGCCCUUCUCUGAGUUGGAAUCAGUUGAUCAAGCUUUGGCUUCAUUUGAUAAAUUAGCAGCAUCUGGCUCAAGUAGAAAUUCUCACCUUGAAGAUUUGGUCAAUUCGGGACCAAUAUCUGAUUAUGUAUGGAAGUUUUCAGGCGUGCUAAGUAGUCAUGCCUUCUUUAUUUGGAAGGUCUCUCUUGUUGACUCUUUUCUUGAUUCCUGCACACAUGAUGUAUCUUCAUUUGUUAAUCAGAAUUUGGGAUUUGAUCAACUAGUAAAUGCAGUCAGGCAGAAAAUUGAAGCGCGAAUUCAAGAACAUAUUAAGCAUUAUUUAAGAGAACGUGUUGCUCCUAUCUUAUUGGUAAGAUUAGACACGGAGUGUGAGUCCUUGAAGCAUAUGAAUGAGACAGGAAGGGACCUUCAAUUUGAUCCGGUGAGAGAUGUUGGGGCAGUAAAAAGAGUCCAAGUCAUGCUUGAAAAGUACUGCAGUGCUCAUGAAACUGUCAGAGCAGCAAGAUCGGCUGCCUCCAUCAUGGAAAGGCAGGUUAAUGAAUUAAAAGAGGCUCUUCUAAAGGCCAGCCUUGAAAUUGUUCAAAUGGAAUGGAUGCAUGAUAUUACCCUAAACCCUUUGCAGCAUAACAGGCUUAUCUCCCAUAAGUUUCUUGCAAGUCAGGAUAACUUACUUCCAGUUAUUUUAAACAUUAGCAGACCUAAGUUGGUGGAAAGUUUACAAUCAUCCAUUGCAAGAAUAGCUAGAUCACUUGAGAGCUUGCAAGCUUGUGAGCAAACUUCUGUCACAGCUGAAGGGCAGCUUGAGAGAGCAAUGGUCUGGGCUUGUGGUGGUCCAAGUUCUAGUGCAACUGGAAAUAGUUUGACUAGGAAUUCAGGGAUACCGCCUGAAUUCCAUGAUCAUCUAAUGAGACGGAGGCAGUUGUUAUGGGAAGCUAGAGAAAAGGCAUCAGAGAUAAUGAAAAUUUGCAUUUUAAUAUUGGAGUUUGAAGCAUCAAGAGAUGGGAUAUUUCGAAAUUCAGAAGAGCUCUAUCCUUUGAGGACUGUUUCUGAUGGCAGGACCUGGCAGCAAGCUUACUUGAAUGUUCUGACCAAACUGGACAUUACUUAUCAUUCCUUUACACGUACUGAACAGGAAUGGAAGUUUGCUCAGAGCAAUAUGGAAGCUGCUUCUAGUGGUUUAUUUUCUGCAAGUAAUGAACUUUGCGUCGCCUCUGUUAAAGUGAAAUCAGCGUCAGGUGAUUUGCAGAGCACACUACUUGCAAUGCGGGAUUCUGCUUAUGAAGCCAGUGUAGCACUCUCAGCUUUUGCGGGCAUUACCAAAGGCCAUACAACUUUGACUUCAGAAUGUGGUUCUAUGCUUGAGGAGGUCCUGGCAAUAACAGAAGGUCUACAUGAUGUUCACAGCUUGGGAAAGGAGGCUGCUGCCUUACACUUCUCUCUUAUGGAAGAUCUUUCUAAGGUGAAUGCUAUUUUGCUGCCGCUUGAAUCUCUGUUGUCUAAGGAUGUUGCUGCUAUGACUGAUGCUAUGGGCAAGGAGCAAGAAACGCAGAUGGAAAUAUCCCCAAUUCAUGGUCAAGCUAUAUUCCAGUCUUAUUAUAUAAGAACCACGGAGGCUUGUCAAGCAUUUAAGCCUUUGGUACCACCUCUCACAUCCUCUGUGAAGGGGUUAUAUUCCAUGUUGACCAGGCUAGCACGUACUGCAAGUCUUCAUGCAGGAAAUCUUCACAAAGCUCUUGAAGGAUUGGGGGACAGCCAAGAGGAAAGGCCGCCGGACAAUAAUUUGUCUAGCCAAGGUUUAGCCGGUGAUAUCACUGCAUAUCAUAAUGAUGAGAGUGAGAUUUUCUCCAAAUCUUAUCCUGAAAAUUAUCAUGAUCUUCUUCGUCUGAAUGACCUGUCAUUGCAAGAGAAAAGCUGGAUAUCUCCUCCUGAAACUAUCUUGAGCGGAAGCUUGGAUUCUGGUGUUACAUUAGCUGAAGUUAGUCUUCCAGAUAGCUCCAAUGGUUCAGAUGUGACCGAACCACUUUUGUAUGAUACUAGUAACAGAGAGGCGAGAGAGUUUUCAAACCAAUUUUGCUUAAAUGAGGCUGUUCCUCAUGAGAAAUCAUUUCCUACUCAAUCAGGCUCAGUAAGCAUUCAGGUAAGUUCCCAAGGAAAGUCGGUGCUUAGAAAGGAAGCUUCCUUGUCAAACGAAGACAAGGUGGGGGGAACACAUGACACUUCAUUUAUUUCUACAGAAGCUGGAACUCGAGCUACCAGGGGCAAAAAUGCUUAUGCAAUGUCAAUACUAAGGCGAGUAGAGAUGAAACUUGAUGGUCAGGAUAUCGCAAAUAACAGAGAUAUUAGUAUUGCUGAACAAGUUGAUUUUCUGCUCAAACAAGCAACAAGUGUGGACAAUUUAUGCAAUAUGUAUGAAGGUUGGACACCAUGGAUUUGAGCUUUUGAAGAGGAUGAUUUUCUAUGAACCUCUUCCUUCAGAAUUUGGUAAGAGAUGUUCCAUGUGUAUCUGGAUUUGUGCUGCUCUUCGACUUCUCAAUGCAAGAACUGAAACUGUGAUCCACUGCCUUGGGUGCAGCUAUUGCCAUGGCACGUCAUGUUUCUUCAAAUCAUAAUCCCUAUUUUGAGUUGCAAAAGAUGGAAGGCACCAUGGUUUGCGCAUGAAUGUGCCUGAGGGAUACUGAGGUGCAAAGGAUUUUUGGCAUGAGGUUCUAAAGAGAUCUGCUUUCUCACCAGUCCCUUGAGCUCGUCCUCAGUGUACGUUUCCUGGCUGUGCGUGGAUUGUUUUAAAUGACAAAAGAUCUCAUUGAAGGGCUGGUGGCAGGUUAUUGCAGCAGGCAGCUGCCCCGUUUAAAUUGAUAAAUGUAUUACAGCUCAGAUGUGAGUACUUGCACCUGUUACACAAGCUUGGGCUUCUUAGUUGAUCAGUGCCUUGUAAAAGCGGCAAUCAGGAUUUGCAGAUUCUCAAUGCUGGCUCCCUAGGGUGCUAUCCUCAACAGCACUCGUGUUUACUGCUGAACCCGAUCAAAGAGCAACUUAAUGCGCUGGAACUUGGGAAGUUAAGCUGAUUGGCAAAUUGGACUAGAGUUUCUGUUGCCAUGCUUUAAGGAUGUUGGUCCAGCUAAAUGCUUUAUAUCACUGUGACACAUGCUGCAUCAGCACAUGAACCAUCUGGUUGAUGACCAACAGAGUUGCGCCUUCGCUCCUGACUUGUGAUGUCACGUAUUGAAUUUUUAACUACUGUCCGCAUUUUAAAUAUAUUUGAGGAUCUCUAGCCGUCUUUACCUUUAUCCUGACAUUUUUAUUCAUUUUUCUCUAUUGCAGAAAUUCUUUAUUCGGUUAAGCUCUACUUUUCCUGCUAUUUUACAGUACAAUGAAAAGGACGAAUGUUGCUGACUUGCUUCCUU